CGACGUUCUCAUCCCUCCAGCAGGACGCCGACCAGGGGAAUGGCAUUCUAUGGGAAAGCGUUCCUCGCCGAAAAGACGAAAAAACGCGUUCAUCGCCAUCAUAGAAAGAGGUACACUGUUCUAGUAGUCGCUGCUACCCUCUUAUUGCUGGCCGCCUUUAUUUUGCAACUCCUUGUCGCCCUGUCGCUUCCAAUCAUCAAGCCUGUGUACCUACUCGCCGUCGUGUCUACCAGAACAGAUGAGAUAGUGCCGACGAGCAUCGCUACACAGCUGCGAUUUGGAGUAUGGGGUUAUUGCGCAACAAGCGUUCUUGAGCUUCCAACAUUAUUCACUAACAAUGGCGAAUGCUCGAACCCUCGACUUGGCUAUGAGGUCGAUCCCGGGAUUCUCGCACUGACUGGCCAAACCGAACUGCUCGAAAUCGUAUUAAAGGGGCUGGUCGUUGUUCUCGUGCUGCAUCCCAUCUGUGCUGCACUCAGCCUUCUCGCAUUGCUGCCGGCACUCUUCUCAUGCAUCCAUGCAUUUGCAAUAUGUAGUCUCGUGUGGACAGGAGCUGCAGCGCUUCUCGCGACCGUCAGCACUGCAGCGGAUAUCGCAAUCGUAGCUAUCGCUAUGAACAAGGUCGGCACUGUCACGACAUUUGACUUCGAGGUUCGGUGGGGCAAUGCACCGUGGAUGAGUUUAGUCGCAACUAUCUUCCUUUGGAUUGUUGUUAUUCUGCAGUCGAUAACGGUGUGCGGAUGCUGCGGUGUCAGCCGCAAGUUAUGGACGCGUAUUGAUAGCUCUGGUAAUGAAGUUGGGACGAAAGAGGUUAAGGGAUUUUAGUAAUUUACGACACUAUAUGACCAUGACAUCACGAUUUGGUUAUGAAUUUCAACAAGCAGUCUACC